AUGCUGCUGUGGGCACCUGCGCUACUUUUUGCGUUCGUCUUACGGAUAGGGGCCCAAGUUGAGCCCGGCACCGGGAGCGCCAACGCCACUCGGACCCAGAAGGAAGAUCGUCCGGACCGACCGUCGACCAUCCUGCCGACAAUCGUUCCCCCAGAACAGAUCUUCGUCCCGGAUCCGUUGCCGCACGGUGUGGUGCGCUACCAGCAUCUGAUCAACAACUCACCGAGCAGUAACUACUUCGUGUACUACACCGACAAUGUCGUCGAUCAGCCCAAACAGCAGUACUUGGAUGGGUACGGUUUCAGCAACAGUGACCCCACGACGGGACAGACCGUCUACAGUCCCAAUCCGAUCCCGAUCCAGCUGGUGACGCUCGUACAGCCGACGCUCGAAGGCGACCAGCCGAAGGAACGACCGGGCGACGAUUCAAAGCAAGAAGUCGACGAAGCGGUUGAGGAAGAGCCGCCCCGUGGGAGGGUGGAUGUAGACGAGGUGGGCAUCCGGAAGCUGGUGUCGAGUACGCAAAACUUAGUCAGCAACGAAGACGUGGUGGACAUCAACAACGCUCAGGAGGGCAUGACGGACCCGAGUCCAAGUCCGAGCCCAGAGGAUAACGCACCGAGCGAGAGCAGACACGUGAGGGAUAGUGUGGCGGCGCACGGGGGCUUCGACAAGCCGAUUGUGGUGGGCGAUAGCGAAGCGCAGGAAACGGGAACUGGGCGCAGUCAGCGUGCUGGGCCGUCGGUGGCGAUCGACCGCUCGAAGCACAUCAACGUGGAGAUUCUGGGCGAAUCGGAAGACCACAACCAGGGGCAGUUUCUGAAAGAAACGACGAUCCUUGCCAGCAAGCCGGCCGAGCCGUGCGAUGAGGAUGGCAAGGAGCAGGGUCUGCUGAUCACCAAGCAGGAAGUGACCACCAUCAAGCCGGUUACGGUGAGCCGUGUGCGAGGUUCGACGGCGGCUAGGUUGAGCACGCGCUACAAGGCAGUUCCGCAGCCGGUGGACAGUGUUCCGACGACGCAGAAGCCAGUCUCCUCCCGGUAUCUCGCUCCGAUCCAGGCCGGGUUGCGAUUGUCCAACGCCGAUAAACCUCACCACCGUGGCUCCGUGGAUGAUUGCGCGGACGAACCGGAGCGGGAGCGGACGGUGGUCGAAGUCCAGAAAAGCGUCAACGUGAAGAACAUAGUGGUCGGACCGGAAAGGCCUGGACCAAACUUUGUGCGGCAGUUCGGCGCGAGGACGAAAGUCAUCCAGCAGCCGGUGUACGUAGAGAAGCCCGUGGAACGGAUCGUGAAGCAACCGGUAUACGUGGAGAAGCCGGUGCCGGUGGAGAUCGAGAAAAUCGUUGAUCGUCCUUAUGCGGUGGAGAAGAUUGUCGAUCGUCCCUAUCCGGUGGAGAAGAUUGUCGAUCGUCCUUAUCCGGUAGAGAAAAUUGUCGAUCGUCCCUACGCGGUAGAGAAAAUUGUCGAUCGUCCCUACCCGGUCGAGGUGCCGGUCGAGGUCGCGAAGAUCGUGGAGAAACUAGUCGAUAGGCCGGUCGAAGUGGAGCGUAUCGUGGAGAAGCACGUGCAGGUACCGGUUCCGGUGGAGAUCGAGAAGGUGAUUGAGAAGAUUGUCGAUCGUCCCUACCCGGUAGAGAAGAUUAUCGAUCGUCCCUACCCGGUAGAGAAGAUUGUCGAUCGUCCCUAUCCGGUAGAGAAGAUUAUCGAUCGUCCCUACCCGGUAGAGAAGAUCAUCGAUCGGCCGUAUCCAGUGGAGAAGAUAGUGGAGAAGAUCGUUGAUCGUCCCUAUCCGGUGCAGGUACCAGUGGAAGUUCCCGUACACUAUCCGGUCGAAGUACCGGUCGGUAUCCCGAUACCAUAUCCGGUGGAGAAGUACAUCGCCCUGCCGGUGCACGAACCGAAACCGACGCACUCGAUCAUCAAGACCGUCCACCAUGAGCACUUCGAUUUCGGAAAGUUCUUUGCGCAGAAGAAGAAACACUUCGUAGAGCACUUCUUCCCCAAGUCGCACCACCAUCCGAAGGUAGUCGAGGUGCCUGGGAAACACUUCUACGUCCCGAACUACCACUAUCCGAAGAACGAUCUACAGUUCGGGGCGUCGGUGCCCAGCCCAAGCGUGCUGGUUGAUGGAAACCAUCUGAACCUUCAACCUCACUACCUGCCGCCUGAAGUCCCGAAUCCCAUCUACGGCGUGCCAUACGUUGGCGAUGGUCACCACGUGGCAAACUUUGGGUUCCCGCACCACCACCAGCCGAUCGUGAAGGAUGACUACGUGGGCCCUACGCCGCUGCUGGAGGACCAUUGGGCCGUCAAGAGUGACGUCAAGUUCCGGCGCAGUCCCAGCUACGGGAAGAGCAUCCGCAUCGAGUACGGCGGGUUCAAGCCACCACUAGUGCCAUCGGUGGAAAUUGACGAGCACGGAGUGCCGUUGAACAAGGAUAGUAAGAAAUAG